CAAGGGACAAAUAGUAGUGCUAAUAAUCCACAAAACAUACCAUUAUAUUCAUCAAAUCAUCAUCAUAAUAAUAUUCAAGAAGAUAUAUUUUCUUCAUCUUCUUUAGUACAUAAUAAUUCUCAUCAACAACAUUCAUUUUUAUUCAACUUAUCUCUUCUCAAAGAGAAAGUUCAUCAAGUUCAAUCACUUGCCACCAUGUUUAUUACUCCGGAUAGUCAAACAAUUAUCCAUCCUCCUCCUGAGUCAAUAUCUAUGAUCAUCGCGAAUAUGGGAACUUUGAUCCAAGAAAUCAUCACAACUUCUUCUUCCCUCAUGUUUUCUUGCCAAAAGAUUGUCCUAGACUCUACCUCACUCAAUCAGAAUUCAAGUAGAUAUCGCGAACCAUCUCAAAAUGGUCAUGGUCAUGGUCAAGGUCAAGUUGAUCAUUUGCUUCAAGAUUAUAAUUGGUAUGAGGAUAAUUACAAUUAUAAUUGUAACACUCAUGAAGAUAACAAAAAUCAUGUUACUAAUAGUAGUACUAUUAUAGCUAGUAGUACUAUUAGUCAUGAUAAUUAUGGUAAAGAUUUUGGAAAAAGGGAAUUAUUGUUGAGUACUUCAAAAGGGAAAGUUGUGACUCAUGAAGAAAAUAAUUAUGAUAUUAUUGAGUUAGAUGCAUCUGAUUUAUUGGCAAAGUAUACACACUAUUGUCAAAUUUGUGGUAAAGGGUUUAAAAGGGAUGCAAAUUUGAGAAUGCAUAUGAGGGCUCAUGGAGAUGAAUAUAAGUCUAGUGCUGCAUUGAGUAAUCCUAUGAAGAGAAUCAAUGAUUCAACGAGCGAAGGAUUGUUGAAAUCAAGUAGUAACACGAUUAAAUAUUCGUGUCCACAAGAAGGAUGUAGGUGGAACAAGAAACACGCGAAGUUUCAACCAUUGAAAUCAAUGGUGUGUGUUAAGAAUCAUUACAAGAGAAGUCAUUGUCCUAAAAUGUAUGUGUGUAAGAGAUGCAACAAGAAGAAUUUUUCUGUGUUGUCUGAUCUUAGAACUCAUGAGAAACAUUGUGGUGAUUUGAAAUGGCAAUGUUCAUGUGGUACUACUUUUUCAAGAAAAGACAAGCUUAUGGGGCAUGUUUCUUUAUUUGUUGGACACACUCCACUUAUAAAAGAAAGUGCAAGGUAGCUAGUGCAACAACAACCAUGAUAAGUCGAUAACAUAUCCAGAGUAGUCCCAUAAGUACUCAAGCUUGAGGAGGGUAGAAUGUACGCAUGCCAUAACUAUCUCUACCCCUGGGGUAAAAAGGUUGUUUACGAAAGAUCCUCAGCUCAUAUGAGCUAACUAGCUAGUAGAUUUUAUAAUUUACUUAGUUGGUUUGUAAUGUAAUGCACCUAUUUUUUGUUGUAAAAUGUUG